CCAUUACACGCGAGUUCGGUAUAGAACUAUCGAAGUCAAAUUCAAGCUUUAUCGCGUGCUGUGCGACGAUUGUCUCGUUGGAACGUGAAUUAUUGUCGCAAUUUCGUUGCGACUCCUCUUUUGAAGAUAUCGGAUCUUUUGCAGUAUAGUAUGCAAGUUGAAACAAUUGACAGUAGUUGAUUAGAUGCUCAAUUGACAAAAAGCGCGCGGUACAUUUGGGUUCCGUUUGAACGAAUUUGCAACUGCGAAACUUCCUGUGAUUCGUUUUAUAACCUGCGUUAUCGCUAAAAAAUAAAUUCCCAAUACUUCUUAAAGAUUUAUAUAAGUGAUUUUAUAAAUGGUGGGAAAAAGGGUAAAUCUCACGCGAUGCCGCGAUCAAGCUUGCUGCAUUUGAGUAUAUUCCACACACCACCGGAAGAAGAAAGAAAGAAAGACUUAAGAGUAGGAGUCCGCAGCGCGUAUCUAGCCACUUUCAUUGUUAUUCGAUCUACCUUACACCAAAGGUGCAAGCUGAGUACUCGCAUCUUCUGGAGGGACAGAACCAGCAAACUUACAUUAAAUUUUUUGUCAUUAAAAAAUAAGCGUAACACAAUCGAGUUUCCAAAAUGACGAUGUCGGUUUUCAAGAUAGCAGCGAUCCUGCUGCUGACAUUUUCAUCGAUCAGUUUCGCUCGUUCGAACGUCGGGAGUUGGGAAGUCUGCGGUGGACGAUUGGAACGUGCCCUAGAUGCACUUCACAAAGACUCGAACAGAAGGAAAGGACUCGAAGAAGAGGAAGCGGGAACGUUUUACCAACAGAAACUCCGUUCUGUACCACUUGAGAUGUCAGUCUCUCGGAUUGCUGUCAAACUGCCACAAGGAGCUAGAAACACCGGAAAUCCAUGGGCCAGAGUUGAGAAAUGCAUUUACGAGCCUAGCAAUAAUUCUCUUCAGACUCGAGUGAUGCUCAAUGAUCUAUCCGUUUCUGGGAUAGUUUCGUUAAUGCCGCGUGAUCAUCAACCACCUAUACCAGCCGAGUCUUGCACAAUGACUCUGAGAUUACGACGAGCAGGUGUUGAUUUUUUGACAAGUCCAAUCGCUCGAGGCAGAGGACAAAUGCGCAUCCGAACGGAGUCCAGUUUCUUAGAACCCAGAUUCGCUUCCAUCUACGCUUAUGGUUGCCACCCUACGCGUUUAGACAAGCAGAUUAAAAGACAAGACAAAUGGCCUCCUUUCUAUCCACCUCGAGAUGAGUAUGCGCUUCUAUCUUUAGCACUGAACGACGACUAUGAAGCAGCGGAACCACGUCAGUUGGUUGGUGUUUCUAAAGAAGUGGACGUUGUCAUACCGAAUGAAACGCGCCAAUCUCGUAUCGUGAGCACGCCCAUUGCGAAAUUAGGAAUAUGGAGAAAAAAUGUUUGGCUGACUAAAUCUCUACCAAGGGAAAAGCGUGCCCUGGUCAAAUCCGACGUUGUCGCAAGUUCUUCAAGCGUUCGUCGCUUUCCAGGAUCUUUCGAAAGUGGCCAGGAAGCCAGCAGUCAUUCCAUAAAGAUAUCCGCACAAUCUGCGGAGACGAUUACCCCUCAAGAUUUCGCAACAGCUUUGAUCAGUAAACGGUCAAAGAGCAACGAAACUGGCAACUGCACCGAGCAACAUCAACGAACGAAACAAAGCGGCUUAAACAAUGUAACUAAGAUCCUUCCGAAGAACUUGGAGGACAGUGAAUUAAAAACUAACGUUAAGAGAGAAAAUAGCUAUCAGAUGACUGAAAACGACGCGCCAAAAGAGACUAGACAUUUGUACAUUGAUGAAACAUUAGACAAUAUUUUUCCAAUUGAUUUGGAGAAUGACAGUAGAAACUGGCAGUCGAAGGAACACAUUGCCAGAGAAAUGGAGGAUGUGUUCUUACGUGGUGCCAGUCAGGCUUUGACCAGAUACAUUGAGAAACAACUACACCCCGCUAUUAAAGAAACACUUAUGAUUUCUAUGGGAUAUACAAUCAGUUAUGGAUAAUGCUGUUUUCUCUUAACCGUACUAUGGUCCACAAAUUCUUACAUUUUAGUUUUACACUCAGUUUAGUAAGAAUGAAUCGUAGUUCUUUAAGGUGUUUAUUAAAAUUAAAUUGAUAGUUUAGAAAUUGUAAAAACUGUGUUAAUAAGGAUCUUUUCAUAUUUCAUUU